AUGCGCAGGAGGGCAGGUGUCGCCGGCAGCCGAGGGCCGCCGGGAGCAUCGCGGCAGCUCCGCGUCCUCAUGGUGCUGUGUCAGGGCGGAGAGGGCGACGCUGCUCCGGCAGCGGGCGGGCAGGAGCCGGAGGUGCCGCCGGGCCGGGAGGACGGGCCGGGUGCGGUGCAGCCGUGCCCGGCGCCCGGCGUCGAGGCGGCGGGUGCCGAGGAGCGCCGCGCUUGUGGCUGCUGCUCGGGCAUGUCCUGGCCGUUCUGCUGCGAGGCACCUGGGGCAAAGAAGAAAGCUGCGUGCCCAGGACUUGGUCUGUUUUAUACCAUACUGUCUGCCUUCCUUUUCUCAGUGGCCUCUUUACUUCUUAAAAAAAUAGAAGACGUACAUUCAGUGGAAGUGAGUGCAUUUCGAUGUGUUUUCCAAAUGGCAUUUGUUCUUCCUGGUUUAAUAUACUACAAAACAGGGUUUUUGGGACCAAAAGGUAAAAGAAUUUUUCUUUUCUUCCGAGGAUUCCUUGGCUCUACUGCAAUGGUUCUUCUCUACUAUGCUUACCAAGUCAUGCCACUAGCUGAUGCCACUGUUAUAACUUUUACCAGUCCUGUUUUUACGUCAUUGCUGGCAUGGAUCUUUCUCAAAGAGAAAUACAGCCUUUGGGAUGUUCUGUUCACUCUCUUUGCAGUCACUGGAGUGAUUCUUAUUGCCAGACCACCAUUUCUGUUUGGCUCACGUGUUACAGGGAUUGAAGGAAGUUACUCAGAUCACCUUAAAGGAACUAUAGCAGCGAUUGCAAGCACGUUAUCUGCAGCUUCGACUAUUGUUAUACUAAGGAAGGUGGGAAAGUCUGUGCAUUAUUUUUUGUCAAUUUGGUAUUAUGCAGUCAUUGGAUUAAUUGGAUGUGUUAUAGCAUUGUUUGUUUUGAAUGAAUGGCGUUUACCACAUUGUGGUAGAGAUAGGGUUUUUCUAAUAUUAAUAGGCUUGUUAGGGUUGGGGGGUCAGAUAUUUCUCACAAAAGCAUUACAGAUAGAGAAAGCUGGACCUGUAUCAAUAAUGAGAACAAUGGAUGUGGUGUUUGCUUUUAUUUUACAAGUUCUUUUUCUCAAUCAUAUACCAACUUGGUGGACUGUGGGUGGUGCCCUUUGUGUAGUAGCCAGUAGUUCCGGAACCGCCAUUCGUAAGUGGAGACACAGUGUGAAAAAAGCUAAACAGAGGGAAAUCUGACAAUACAGACACCAAUUCACUACAGAAACAAGCAAUCUUGAAAGAAAUAUAAAUACAAUAUUUAUUUUUAUUUAUUUAAAUAUCCCAUUUACCAAAUUAUAGUACCAAAUUAUAUCCAGUAAAAUAAGUUCACUUUUUUUAACCAAAAUCGAAGAUGUUUUAGCAGCUGAUGAGGUAUAUACUUUCUUAUAUUUAGGCGUGCUAAUAUGGGCAGUAGAAAGAUACUUCAAAGAUGUUGCUUCCUUUCAGAAUUGUACAAUAUUUAUUUUCCUAAAGUUCCUGGCUCUCCACUUAGACUCUAUUUUUCAGAGCAGUGGAAGUAAGUCUCCCAGACUUAAUAAUAUUCUGUGCUUGAUUACCACAGGGAUUGCAGUACAAAAGUUGGAAGAGAAUUAAGAGUUGAUAAUCCUUAAACAACCAGCUCUUAUAGAAUAGAUAAAACUUGUACUUCUAUAAGCUUUCUAAUUAUUAUUUUGCACAGAGAUGCCAAAUGAGGAUUUAAUUCGGAUUCUAAAAAAACAAAAGCAAUUUCAUUUUUCCAAGUAAUAUCAAGAGAAAAUUAACUUGGGAAAAUUACCUAUCAGCUUUGCUUUUUAAAAAAAAGUAUUUUAAGUGUUUGCACUUACUUCACAGACAUAGUGAAAUAACCUAAUCACCUAUUUUUUUCACAAGUGAUUUUCCCUGUAAACAUAUCUUUAGUUGCUGCAGUCUCAGUGAUGAGAGACAACAGUUAAUUCUAUACCACACAUAAAUUAGCCCUUUCUUCUGGUAGGGACUGCUGCGCUGUAGCUGCACUUUUCUUUAUUCUAUGCAAAACAUUAUAUAUUUUAGGUAUUUAAUAUAGGUUAUAUUUUAUGCUGCUUAUGACUCUUUUCAGAUCCUUCUAUACAAAAGUUCUUUAUGAGACCAAGUUAGAGUCUCCUUUGCCUUCAUAAACUUAGAAGGAUUUACAUUAAAGCUUUUGCCUGUUUCCUAAGAAUGUACAAGAGUGCAAUGUAAUUGCAGUUUCACAGAAAAUGCAGGCUGGCCAAGGUCAUACAGAGAUUCUACAGAAGAGAUUUGAGGAAAGCUUGGUGGAAGGGUGACACUAUGCAUACAAAUCACAUUCAGGCAUCCACACUGCAUCAGACAGUCCUAGUGGGCAACUUCAGUCCCACUUCUCAUGCUGGCCCUUUUAAGUCUGCAUUUAUCACUUCUCUUGCACAUCUUCUCAUUUUUGUAGGCUUUAUUUUGAAUGUAACAAAUACUAAAGAAAAAUAGUUUUAUUACUGAUCUUGGUGUCUUUCACAUUUCAGGAGGACUAAGUGUUUAGUAUUAGGAAGUGGAAUUUUCCCAGGUUGAAACUUUUGGGUCUUAUCUCACUAAAGUUUAAAGGAAAUUUUUAUUGGAAUCUUUAUUUGGUCCUUUGUAUCUUGAGGAGAUUUUCAGUUACUUACUCAGUCUAGUGUUUUUCUAAAGAGAAUGCUGUCUUCUAUACAUUUGAUAGAUGUUUUUUUCUAAAUCACUAAAUGUGGUGGACUUUUUUUUGAUUUAUAGAUGUCUGGUCACAUGUCUUUUCCUUUGCCAGUUAGCGUUGCAUCCUGUCAGGGCAGAUCCAGAGACUUCAAUCCCAAAGGCAUGGAAUGCAAAUAGUACUUUAGGGUCAAAGUAUCAUAAUAUACUGAGUCAGAAAGGGCCUGUCAGAAUCAUUGAGUCCAACUCCUGGCCCUGCACAGGACACCCAAAGGGUCACACCACAUGCCUGAGAGCAUUGUCCAAAUGUUCCUUAAAUCAGAUAGGCUUGGUGCUGUGACUGCUUCCCUGGGGACCUUGUUCCAGUCCCCAGAUAUCCUCUGGAUGAAGAACCUCUUCCUAAUAUCCAGCUUAAACCUCCCCUGACUCAGCUUCAGGGCCUUUACUUGAGUUCUGUCACUGACUACAGGGAAAAGAGAUCAGCACCUGCCCCUCCACUUCCCCUUAUGAGGAUGCUGAAGACCUCAGUGAGGUGUCCCCUCAGUUUCUUCUUCUCCAGGGUGAACAGACCAAGUGACCUUAGCAACUCCUCAUAAAUCUUCCCCUGCAGACCCUUCACCAUCUUCAUGGCCCUGCAUUAAGCUCUCUAAUAGCUUAAUGUUGUUUUACCUUAUGGCACCUAAAACUGCCCCCAGCACUCAGUGCAAGAUGCAGAGCAGAGUGGGACAGUCCCCUCCCUCACCCAGCUGGCCGUGCUGUGCCCGGUGCUGUGCUGUGCCCGGUGCUGUGCUGUGCCCGGUGCCGUGCUGUGCCCAGUGCCGUGCUGUGCCCGGUGCUGUGCCCGGUGCCCCCCAGGACACGCUUGGCCCUCCUGGCCACCAGGGCACUGCUGACUCUUACUCACUCACCUUGCCAUCCACCAGGCCUCCAAGAUCCCUUUCUGUGGUGCUGCUCUCCAGCCUCUCAUUUCCCAGUCUGUCUGUUGCCCCACCCCAGGUGCAGAAUCUGUCACUUGACCUUGUUAAACUUUGUAUGUUUCGUGGUUGCCCAGCCCUCUAAUUUAUCAGGGUAUCUGCAGGGCCUCCCUGCAUUUGGGGGAGUCAACAGCUCUUCUCAAUUUAGUGUCAUUGAUAUUCCCUGAUAUUCCUUGGAGUCCUGCAUCCAAGUCACUAAUGAAGAUGUUGAAGAGAACUGGGCUGUGUCUGGAGCCCAUUAGAGACUGGACCCCUGAUGUCACCCCAUUCUCUGUAACUCUCUGUGCCUGACCCGUGAGCCAGUUGCUCACCCAUUGUGUAACACAGUUAUCCAGCUGUGUGCUGGACAUUUUGUCCAGAAGGAUUCUGUGACAGUAUCAAAAGCUCUGCUGAAGUCCAGAAAGAUUAUGUGUACUGGCUUUCCUAGAUUGACUAGGAGGUUUGACAAUCAAGACUUACCAUUCAUGAAGCCGUGCUGGCUGGGACCAAUGAUUUUGUCCUCCAGGUGUUUUUCAUUACCUCACAGAAAAACCUUUAUCUAUGUAUCUGGAUAUGAGGAGCUGUCUUUGUCCAAGUUUCUGUAGGUAAAACCUGCACCCUGAAUCUGAAUGUUUUUAUGGAUAUGAGAAGAUUGCAUUUGAGUGGUAAAACUGGUUCCUGCUUACAGCUGUCUGUUCUCUGCUUUUCCUGAGCACUGAAGCUCAGCUACUGCUGACAAGGUCAGGAAACUGCUUUAUUAUCUCUUAAAAGCCUCACAUAAUAAUAAAAUUCCAGUUUGGCACCCUUUUUGCUUAAUACUUGAAACUGAACUGGGAUUGUUUUUCUGCUGCUUAACCAUCACUGCCAUUGAGAGCAGCUUUCAGGGGAGGGAAAGAAAACAGACUGCAUUUUUUACUGCUUCACUUCAUGUGUAAUAUGCAUGUGUUUGAAUUGCCACUUAUAAAGGUGUGGUUCCAAAGCUGUUCAGAUUGAUGCAAACUUGGAUUGUCAGCUAGCCCUGCUCUCUCCUCUUGGCUCAAUGCCUAUGUGGUUAUGUGAUGAGCUACUCCUGGGAGCUGAUCCAGUACAUAUCUUCUUAGUAGGGGUGUUGGAGAGGGCAAAACUGGAGUAACCUAAAUUUGAUGACAGUAUAAAAAUUUCAGGAAGUAGAAUACGGUAGUAGUUUAAAUUACAUUAUAUGAAUGCUACUUUGUCAGUAUAGAAUAAAAAUUAUGUGGAAGCUUACAUUAAAAAAUAUCUUUAGUCCAUGUGAUUUCAAUCAAUCUUGUUUACACUUAGUAGAGAAAACAGGUUACUGAAGAAAGGAUUGUUUUCUUGUCCUUAACACAUAAGUAAAUGUAGAAAAUAUGUUACAUGAGCAGAAGUCAACAUCUAGGUAUAGUGGUUUGUAGUUUUUGUCUCAAGUUCUAGCAGAAACUCCUUCAAUAUAUUUCUUGUGCCAAAACCCCCAGAUGAUUGGUUUUUUUCUUUGUUCAAACAUACAGGGUUUCCUUAUGGCUUCAUCUGCUUAUUUCCUCUUGCUGUUCUUAAACCUUGCUAAAUAUUUAAGUUGUUAAGAUAAUAAUCUAAACCAGAUCCUGUGUUGGCAGAUGUAUGUUUUGGAACAUUGUUUGGAUUUUGAGAGAUCUUUUAGGGAACUGUUUAACUGGAAUGAGAAGGAAGGACUUGACUAGGGCUUCUCUGUCCAUAAAUCAUGACAAGGUAGUUGCUGUAAUUGGCUUUUCUAGAUGAUGUUGGGAAUUAAAGACAUUUAAGCUUUAAGUUCUUCAACCACCUCAAUUUUAAAAUUUUUCUUCCUCUCAAAUAUAGGCAGAAAGCCUAAAUAUUGGUUGCAAGCCUUAAAGAUAAUGAAACUACAGAAGUGUGGAUACAAUGAAAUGCUGGGGUUUUUCAAUUGAAAAUAUUUCUUUAAAUUUCUGUUGGGAUGGUAAAACUUUUCUUCAAAAAUUAACAGUUUGAGAAUAUGAAAUGAAACUGUCUGAGUCUUGAUUCUUUUAGAUUUUGAUUCUUUAGCUUUUUAAUACAGCAAGUUUCUCAGGGUCAAAAGUUAUUUUUCUGAGCUUUGAGUCAGAAAUAUAUUGAUGUUCAUUGUCUGUAGUGUCCUGCUGUGAUCUUUACUUUAUAAAUAUGCUAUUCUAAUAGCAACUCCUUCCUAGGUAAUAUGAUGGAAUAUUGUUGCAUUGCAAUUGCUUUGUUAUAAUGUUAAGUUUCUCUUGAAUUUCAACAUAUUCAUUCAAUGUUCUGAUUUCAGUGGAUUCUGAAUAGAGGGAGUAAUAACUAAUUACUGGUUAUUUUGCACAGAAACAUAGGGAUAAAAAGAUUUUAAUUGUCACUGGUGCAUCAUAAGUUUGGUUCAUAUGUUCUUUACUAUGCAAGACACUGUAAUUGCUGGUGGUGAGACUUUGUGCCCUUAAUGCCUUAUGUACCCAACUCUUCUAUAGAAAGCUGAUGGCUCUGUACUGUCACUGUGCAGCAGCCAAUUUCUUUCAGGUUCAGUUGGUUGUUCAAAGUAUGCUCUAAAAGCCCUUUAAAUAAGUCUACACCAAGAAUUUGACAAGCUCAUUGUAGUAGACAAGAGUGGUCUAUAUAAUUAAAAUGGAUUUCUAUCUAACACUAGACAUGAAAUAACCUCAACUUAACAGCAUUGGUGAUAUUACUAGUUAAAUGUGUAAUUUUUAUUCUGAAAACAGAUUCCCAAUUCCAAAAAGUGGUCCAAGAUGAUGCUUCUCAGAAUUAGUAAUAACAAAAUGGAUCGUACUUCCCUUGAUCACAAUUUAAAAAAUAACAACUACUCCCAUGGUAUUUUCUCUUCCUUGAGCUUUUGUUUUAAGAGCUGUCUGAUGGAGGUUUUAUUUCUAGGGAGGCAGCCUCUUUUGAAGUUAUUUCCUUGCUAACUAGCAGUAGAGAGUUUGUGUUUUAGUUCUCUAACCAUGAUUACCAUGGCAGGCUCAUCUGUGGCAUCAGCCCCACCAGGGUAAUAAAAACAUUGUCUGUGUCCCUGCAUGGAUUCAGUGUUGGCAGUGCUGAUCACUGACUUCAGCAGGACAUUGCAGCUACCAGCAGAAUGUUUUUGGGGUCAUAACUGCCUGUACAUCCAAAGAAAAGUUUUGGCUUUAUGUUCCUGCAGAUGCAGGUGACACACAUAGAGUUGUGGGGGGGAACACACAUAGAGUUCUAUGGUGAUAACUUCUGUAUAUCAGAAUGAGUAAUUUCCUAUGUUAUGUGAAUUACUGUUUGACAAAAACGGGGUAAAAUACCCUCAGCAUUAAUUAAAGGAUUUUUGCUAUGUUCUAUAUAUUGUCAAAUAUAUGUUGAAUUAUAUGUUUUGUAGAAGUUACUGGCUUUGUUAUGUAGUAGUAUAUUUUUAUAGACAAUUCUUAUAUAUUGAAAUGUUAAGAAUAUUUUCAUAAGAGAUUUAUAUUCCUUAUUGCUAAUAAAAUGAUUCUGAAGAAUUAAUCUCUGGUUUUGCAUUGAUUAGUGGAAUAUAACUGAAUGCAUUAAUUGUAAAACUUAAUGAAAGAACUGUUAAUCAAACAGUCCCCAGUAAACAUGAACAUAGGCCUCAAAUUCUGCUAAUACUGUCAUGCUGCAUCACUUUUUAUGCCUUGCAACAAGCUAGUGACAAAAGGAAGCUUCAUCAACUUCCAUCCAUUAAUUUCUUUACUGGAAAUACUAUAGCAUUGACAGAUGAGUAAAGUUACAUUUUCCUGUGUCGAACUGGCAGUCUGUUUCUGUGGAUUUUUUUGUUCUGUUUUAUUACUAUACAUCAUGAUUGGAAUUCAACUUUUGUCCCAUAUGUCACAAGGUCUUAAUUCACCCUCAUGCUUCCAUUAUCUAGUGUGUUAAUAAUUAAUUUUU